GGAGGUGGCUCGAGCCUUGGAGAGGAUUGAAAAGAGCAACGGCCGGAGCGCGCGAAGCAGGUUCUGGAAGUUUCCAGUGGUUAUCAGCACACAAUGUCGAUCAUCCUGUACACUGGAGCGGCUAUGCCCAAGAUCGGUCUGGGCACAUGGAAGUCCCCAAAAGGUCAAGUGGCUGAAGCAGUGAAGGAGGCCAUUGCCACAGGAUAUCGUCACAUUGAUGGUGCAUACGUUUAUGAGAAUGAGAAGGAAGUGGGUGAAGGCAUAAACCAGAAGAUUAAGGAAGGGAUAGUAAAGCGUGAAGACCUUUUCAUUGUCAGUAAGCUCUGGUGCACCUUUCAUGCAAAAGAUAAAGUGAAGGAGGCAUGUUCUAAAACCUUGUCUGACCUGAAUCUGGAAUAUUUGGACCUCUAUCUUAUCCACUGGCCCAUGGGAUUCAAGGCUGGUGGUGAGAAUCUUCCUUUGGAUGAGAAUGACUUGAUAAUACCAAGUGACACGGAUUUUCUUGACACCUGGGAGGGUAUGGAAGGUUUAGUCGAUGAAGGAAUGGUUAGAGCUAUAGGACUGUCCAACUUUAAUAAGCAGCAGAUUGGUCGGAUCCUUAAUAAACCAAAUCUGAAACAUAAACCAGCAGUCAACCAGAUUGAAUGCCACCCUUACCUGGCUCAAGAAGAUCUGAUUUCCUAUUGCCAUUCAAAUGGCAUUGUAGUGACUGCCUAUAGCCCACUGGGAUCUCCAGAUAGACCGUGGGCAAAAAAUGACGACCCUACACUUCUUGAGGAACCUGUUCUCCAAAAUAUAGCUCGAAGGCAUGGUAAAACAACAGCACAAGUCUUGAUCCGUUUCCAGAUUCAGAGAGGUCUGAUUGUAAUCCCAAAAUCUGUUACCAAAAGUCGCAUUCGGGAAAAUUUUCAGGUUCUUGAUUUUGAGUUGAGUGAUGAGGAAAUGAAGACUAUCCUCUCCUUCAACAGAGACUGGAGAUACUGCCCAAUGCAUUGGUGUGUUGGGCAUAAGGAUUACCCAUUCAAACAUUAAACACUCCCAAAUGGGACAUUCCAAUCAUGUUUUUGAAGAUUUUUGGCUUCUCUGUUUGAUUCGGCUUGAACAGCAGAAUUGAACUAAUGCAUCUUAGAACAACUAAAACUAUGUAAUGGCGUAUUUUUAGGUUUUUAGUGACUUUUUUGUUUUUUCAAUUAUGUUCCACAGUGAACAACUGAAAAGUGUCACUUGUGUAAUGUAUUGUGAUAUGUCUUAAAGCUACUUGUCUGUUUGUAUUAUGUCCCUGAUGCAAAUAAAAAUGUUUCCAAUUCUA